GCAAAACAGUUGAAAUCUGCGACCCCGUGAGUAUCGUGAACGCUUCUAUUAUUUUUGUCGCUGUUGGAGUUGAGGCGUAGGUCGAUAGAAAUGGAAUCUUGGAGAAAUGGAAUUUGGUUGUUUGUUUCUUCCUUCGCCGAGUUCUUAUUCUCAGCAUCUUCCAUCCAUUUGAGAGUGGUGCGUGUUGUCAAUUUAUCGAAAUCCCAGCGUUCUUGAUUUUUGAAGCGCCCACUCGCGAACCAAUCGAUCAAGGCGACGGACGCUUCCGGGUGGAUUUCGAAUUCCUGGGUUUGCGAGUAGGAGCUCGAGGCGAACAUGACACAAGGAUCCGGUGUAAACACCAGAACUCCGUCUUUCUCUACCUUUGCAUACAUCCUUGCCUUGACCUCUCCUGGGACUCGUUGUGUAUAAAUGCGCGAUGCUCCCUGCGAGAUCAGGGCAAGUUUGGCAGAAUUUUCCACGUGAACCGACAAUUCUGCGCUGUCUCCUUGAAGCAUACCUGCACCGUAGUUGGAUAGAGCACAAACCGCAGCUCCUUGUUUCUGAACACUGGUUUUCUUGACAGGAAUUAGCCUUGUCGGGGCUUUGUGCGCUACUUGGGUCAGACGAGUCCUGCUGGAGGGAUUUUUUGCUGCUUGCUUCGGUAUUCCAUCAGCACUAGCGGUCAAACGACCGAUGCCGUGCUUGACCGAUCUGCGAAGAAUAUUGCUCAUAUUGUGUAUAGUUAGCAAUGAUUGAAAUUAAUGGCGCGUUGCGAAUAAGUAAUGGACUGCAUGUGAUGGGUCUGGCUGAGGUGUGUUUCUCCGUGGUUCCCAUCAGAAAUUGUGAAGCAUCGUUGGAUUGCCAACAGUAAGAUCGACAAAAAGAAUGAUGCAAAGGAUCGAUGAUCGAGAAUGAUACCAGAAACUGUGGUACACCUUUGGAACAAUUAGUUCCCCUACCGUACCUAUCUCUAGGUAAAAGCUCUGUGUACUGCAGUACCAGGCAAUCAGAACCAGAACGAAAAAUCUUUUUCCCGACUCGGAUCAGGUAACUCGUACGUACCGUACCUCCUCGUACGAGUACAGCGAAGUACGGUACGAUACGGAGGUCAGGGGUCCUAAAUAUUAUUAGGUCUUUUGCGGUGCGCAGCCAGGGGAAGUCGAAAGUUGGGUGUACUGUACCGUACUGUACGUUUGUCAUUUGUUCAAUCUUUCAUAGUACUACUACUACUACUACUACUAACAUAUCAGGAAACUCAUAAUGUGCCACCAACAUCUCAUUUCCGUAACUUUAUAUGUUUACAGAAAAAAAUCAUGUUCAAUCUAGUACAUGCUUUACAUUAAAAAUUUAUUGAUACCAUGUUUUUACAUUUUUCUCCCCCUCAAACUCCCUAGCUCCAGAAGGACAAUUUCAGUCGAACAACAACUAUUUUUAUACUUUUUAUUCUAUUCGACUUCCAUGAUUUAUGACCCCUGACUGAGGUACCGGUACAGGAUGGAACGGUGCAAGGGAUUGAUGAAUGAUCACACGAUGUCCGUCAUGAUGGGUUGUACAUACCGUACCGUAUUCUUCGUAUUACCUACUAGCUAGACCAAGGUUUCCUUCCACUUCCACUUCCUCUUCAUCCUCUCCACUCAUCAUGGAUUUCAAUGUUUGUAAUCUAUCAAGAAGGCUAAACAGAAAUCAUAUUGGUUCAAAGUACUAUAGUCUCUUUUGGACGCUACUACUGUAAAAAGUUGUUGUUUUUUUCGUACGGUUUCUUCUUUUUCUUGGUGAUACUACUAGUAGUAGGAGAACACCUACUACUACUACAAGUAGACGAUAUGCCAAGUCAUCUAGUACUGACAGUUUCAGAUGUAGCGAUAGCACCAGAUAAAGUACUUUGAGGUCGAAAUGUCAGCCUUAUUCGGCAAUCAUCAAUCUCCAGAAAUGAAUACAUCUGUUUCAGCUGUAUAAACAAUUAUGGUGGAAAAGGGUCACGUUCUCAUAGCCAUUGAAUCUCUCGUAUCAAUUAUUAUGACUUGGGCAGUGCACUUUUCUCAAUUCGUCCAGAUUAUGAUCGGGGAAAGAAGGUCAGCUGUUCAGAUUGACGGCAUAAAAUUGAAAUUCGUAUGAAUCUGUCUCGGGGUGCUCUUCUUGUUUGACUGCUUCUAUAAUCAAUCCAGGACAUUGCGAAUUAUGUUAGGUCAUCCAGAUUGUGAUCGGGCAAACGAGGGCAAUCGUCCAGAUUGAGAGCAUGAAUUUGAAACUUGCAUAAAACUGUUUCGGGAAGCUCUUCUUGUGUGGCAGCUUCUAUGAUCAAUCCGAAGGCUAUUGAUAGUGACUUUGCAUGACCCUUGACGACACUUAAGAUUCCUUUUGCAAUACUGGACGCUGUAAUGAUGACAUCUACUUCGUAUAUUCCCUUUUUGGUUCCCUUUGGCUUCCGAAAGAAAUACUGGAGGGGAAUGACUUUUCCGAGCAACGCGGGUGACUUCCCAUUGCCCACUGCUGCCUUGACAAUCCACGGUCCAUCCAUCACUAUCGGAAGUAGUUUCAAUCUCGCGUCUCGAUAUUGUUGGUCUCCGUCAACAAAUCUCGACCAAACAUCAGCCACUUCCUUGUUCGGAAAUUCUGAAAUAGGCGGGACAGAAAAGUAGGCAACAAAGUUACCGAAUGGCAGCAAAAAAUUAACUAAGAAUGUGUCUUCGUCCUUCAAUUUGCCACCCAUAACACUUGGAUGGCGGGCGAUGUGACGUUGUGGAUUAUCUGAAAGCCAUAGAUCGACUCCACGGCAUGUGAAAGGUGCUCGCCCCGAAGGAACCUUAAUCCGGUCUUCUAAGUAUGUUCUUCCGCGAACAUGGAAGAUUGCUGGGUCUGGAGGCUCUGACCAGCAAGAAAGUCCGUCAUUUUCCGGAAAUUUUGGAAUAGGAGAAGACAGCUUGCCUACGUUCGCCAUCUCGUCAAUUUCUACUUCUUCGUCGAGGUAAUCCAAGUCCUCUCCAUCACAAACAGACUCGUCCGAUGAUUCUCCUGUGAUAACAUCUUCGUCUGCAGUAACAAUAGAAGAAGCACAAAUACUGAUCGACCCGAUAUCUUCCCUAUUAAUUAUUUUUCCGUCAACCACUUUUCUAGGCGGAGAAACGGGUUUUGAGUUUUGUGUGUGCCCUUGAGAAGAAGGAUGAGAUCGAGAUUUGCGCUGCUUUGACGGUUGUCCCUUUCGCUGUCCUGCCCAAUAGGCUAGACCAUAAGUCAAUAAAAGAACAUCAACUCUCACCGUGACAGAGAUCAUGAUUCUUUGAUAGCUUUGAGACAAGGAGUACGCCAAAGCCAAAAUUGCGCCAAGUAAUCCUACAAGGAACAACGGCCGUUGAAGAAUCCAAAUUUGUGAAUGAACAUAAAGCCUGCUAGCCAUGUCUAACGAUGACAAAUAUUGUGGUGGUCGCGCCAACCAUUCUCGAACAUAGUCAUCCACUUUAUGUGCUAAAGGUAUCGAACGUACUUGACGAUACAAUACGGGAACGAUAUUUUUGUUGCUCGUUGCGACUUGGCUCCACCAUCGUACUCGUACGGUGUCUGGUUGGUCCAUGUCAAGCCCAAAAAGAUGUCUCAUCGAUCGUGAAUUUACGGCGGUGGCUUCCAUUGCAAGAGCUCUCAAUAUCCCAUUCAAUUUUUCCAUCGACGACUCAAUCGACUGGGCAUUGCAACAAAUCCCUUUUUUCCCGUCCUUAAAUUGGAAUCGCGAUAUCUCUCCUAUCUGUCGUCGCAAAUCACCUAAAAAGGCUGUGUGAUUGGGCAUUGAGGUCGCCAUUUGUCUCAACAUUCCAUCUAAUUGUUGAAAGGUCAAUAAGAUUCGUCUUUCCUCUACCUUAUCUUUGCUGUUUUCGACCAGAAGGAGGGCCACCUCGUAACCUAUUUCCCAUCGAAAGAACGUUGCGACGGGAAUAAUUCUAAAGCCACAAACCUUGGUGACGAGUAUUCUACCCGAUCUUGACCUCGUGUGAUUAGCUCUUUCUGGUGACAGGUGAUGUACGUUCCCUCCCGAGUCAUGCCCUCCAUCUCUCUUGGUACUACCAAAUUCUUUUGGGUUUGUUCCUGCGUGAUCGUUAUCGCCAUCAUUAUUUUUCUCGUUGUGGUUAUCGUUUAGAGAAUCAAGCCGUUGGAGGGUUUUUUGACAAGUUCGCACCGACCAUUGAAGGGCAAUAACCCAGCUCUGUGCUUCCUCUAGUGUGCUCACUGCACAGAAAUACUCUCUCGGUGGAUUUACUUCCCCGCCACCAGGAUAUGCAGAACAAGAGUUCCCGGUUGCGUCGUGUUGCAUAUCUACAAAGGCAUUCCGGUCGCCUUCGAAAUCACAAUUGAUAGGGUUGUUGAGGUUGUUUCCGAUGCGCUGCCCUCUAAACAGAAAGCCAUA